CAUGUCAGUAAAAGGCGGUGCAGAUCGUCACUGCUGGGAGAGCCUGGGCUUCGACCUGGGGAUCUGUCACCAGAGUUGUCAGAGGUUGCCAAUUCCUUCUGCCCACAGGACAGAGGCCCACGGCAUGCCUGGCAUGUAAGGAUGUAUUUGAAAGUGUUACUACGUUACAGCUGUGUUCAGAAAUGGUCUCAACACUGAAAUUCUGGAAGAGGAGCGCAGGAUCUCACACCUACGUGUGUGUGAGCGAAUCAUCCUCAUGAGGAAGAGUUCUCUGGUUGUCUCGUUCACUGCCGUGUCCCCAGCACCAGGUGCACACGGGCACCCAGUAAAGGCUGGCAGAGUUUUUACUUUUGGCUGAGGAAUUGCCACAAGCCACUGAACUUGGAAUCAAUCCUGGCUCUGCCUUAUGCUAUGUGAGUGACCGUGGGCUGGUCACUUGACCUCUCUGAACCUCUCCAUGCCACUGACCUUCAGGAGCUUUGAGACGAAGGUGAUGCGAGUUAAAGUAAACCGGUUGUAUCUCAAGCCAGGAUUCUUCUCCAGAUUUGACCUCUCUUCCCUGGACUCCUCAGAAGGACUUGAAAAAAAAGAACUCUUCGAAGGAAUUCAAACUGGUCAACGUGAGGAACAGAGGAAAGAAGCACUGUUCUGUCUGGAGAUGGUCCUGCUCUGGUCGCAGUGGGGUCCCAGGCUCCUGAGCCAGGCGCUGAGAAGCACGUGUGAAUAAGGCAUGUCCGCUGCCUGCAAGAAGCUUCCACCUGGUGACUCUUCAAAAAAAAUAGUAAAACAAAACAUGCACGUGCAAGACCCCAGCCACAAAUUCGCAGUCACGCAGAUAUACACCAAAACCAGCGCAAUAAAAACAGUGCUAUCUGAGCCAAUAGCUGAAGCCAAUAUGUAAGUCAGCCUUUGCCCAGGGUCCAUUCUAGGGAAAACGGGUGGCUGGCACGGAAGUUCUGCCAGGGUUUGCCUGCUCCUUGGGGGUGUCUGGCUUUCUGGUGGCGCCACCUGGUGGUGAGUACAGAACUGCUCCUAGCUGGGCAGCAGCUAACGGACCUGGUGGCUCUGAGCACGACCAUUCCCUGACACUCACUCUCCAGCCCAACCACCCCUUCCCUCAUUCCCCUGUGUUGACCACCUUCUGCGAGAAAAGACCUAAGGACCCCAACUCUGCUGUGGGGCAGAGACCCCUGAAGCCCAAGUUCCCAUGCCUCCCUCAGGCCUGGCUCUGACCUGAGGGGUAGGGUCUCUAAGUGGUUGGCCAGGGUUCACCCUCAGGAUAUCCUUCAGGGCUGAUGACCUCUCAGUGGUUUCUAUAAACCAAGGCUGGAAGAAUGGGCCUCCUUCCUGGCCUGAGAUGGCCCAGGAAUGGGAAACCCAGUGAUGGUCCCUGGGCCCAUCCUUGACUCCCCACUGUACCUGCUUGGGUACACACAGAUCCCCCUCCACAUUGAGGGGGCUCUGGGACUCCCAGAGGGACUGGCCUGGCUCCUACGUUCCCUCUUAAGCAGCCAAGAGGACUAGCCCAGCCCAGAGCUGUAUGUAUAAAGUUUGGAGAAAACUAGUAAGAAUUAGAAGACUGAAGUGUGCUCAAACCAGCCUUACCCCACCUUGCACCAACAUGCUGUGUGAGCUUGGGUAAGGCCUGUCCCUCCCUGGGCCUUGGCCUCCUUGUGGUAGCAUGGCGGUGGGGCAGGGAAUGAGCUAGGGGAUGGGUGAGGACCCCUAUAGCUCCCAGACUGGGACCUUGUUAAGGUGCAAAUUCCUGGGCCCGCCCCAUCAGAACUCUGGGGCCAGGACCCUGGAAUCUAUGUGAAGUUGGAAGCUGAGGCGGCCAAGUCCUGUCUUUGGGAGACGGAAGCCAGCAGUGUGUGUCGCCAGCAGGUAAGGAGAGUGUGGUGGUUUCAGGGGUCCUGAGAAGCAGAGGAACCCCCUGGCAGCCCAAUCCCCAUCUUUUAAUUUCUCCACCUUUCUGUGGAUGCAGGGAUGUGUCCCCCCAGCUGCGUGUCUGUUGGACGCCACCGGCAGCGGCAGCAGAGGGACAGCAAGGAGGCGGCACAGGUUACAGCCACGUUGCCCCCAUCCUUCGCCCUCUCGUGCUGGCUGUUUCACUUGUUCAAAGGACAGUGGUGGUGCGGCUGGGACAGCCUGGGGUGGGACUGGGGGCCCUUGUUGCUUGAGGAAGUAUUUUCAGAGUCCCCCUCCCUCUGGAGUUUCCAGUGGUAGAAUAGAGCCCUGUCUAGUAUUUGACCAAAUAUGGUGGUAUCUCUCAUGAGCUCGAGCCUCCGCCAGCUUCUCAGUUAUGCUGUGGAAACCUGCCCCGGACAGAUUAAUCUUGUGACAUUCAGGAGCGCCUUGCACCCUGCGUUCUUCCCCUCGGUGAUUCCUGUAAAUGGCCAAGAGUGGCCCUGAGUAGGAUGGUGCAGUCCUGGAUGCCUGUUCACGGUGUCCCUCCCCUGUCCUCUUCACACCCCCUUCCACCCCCUCCUUCGUCUCCCUGGGGGGACUUACUCGCUCACAUUCAGCUGGGCUGCUCACUCAAGGGGAGAGAUCCAGACCAGCAGGGCUGGUCCAUUCAGCCCCUGAUUCCAGGAUGUGUAGACCCUGGGGUCACCUGAGCUCAUGAAAUUGUGGCCAGAGCCUGUGAAGCCCAGAAGUCUCUCAGCCAUGAGGGUGGACCCGAGGGGGUAGAAAAGAGAGUUGGCUGAGCAAUGAGAACCGUGCUUGCUCUGAUGCUAAUAGAACAGCUAACGUUCCCAAUAACAAUUAUACAAUUAUUUUAUAAUGAUAACAUUCAUAAUGAACAGCUGUGUUUAUUGAGCACAUACUACGUGGCACUGUGCCAGUUGUUUAACAUGGGUUCUUUCCGUUACUCCUUGUGGCAGCCCCGAGAGGUGGCUACUAUGACAUCCCCAUCCUAGAGAUGGAGGCACUGAGACUUAGAAAGAUUUCAGGGAGAAAUGGGCCAGGCCACUGUCGAUUCCUGGGUACGACUCCCAUUUUACAGAGAAGGAAACUGAGGCUGAGAGAGAAUGGAAGUCACAAGCAGCCACACAGGGGCAGGCCCUUGGAGUGGAGACCUUCUCUACACGAGGGGGAGCAUUGCAUCCAGAAGGCCAGGACAACCGGCCAUGAAGUCCUCAUGAACCCGUGACUUGGCCUGCGUGAGAGCACACAGAUUCAGAAACAUGUUCAUAGCAGGCCAGAAUUGUGCAGAAAAUAUGCCAAGAAAAACAGAGUGGGGUGGUGGAUAAAGCCCCACAUGGGGACCAGAUACGAACCCCAGCUCUAUCAUCUCUCACUCACUGUAUAAUCCUAGACAAGUCCCUUCUUCACUCCGGCCUCAGUUUCCCCUCCUGUGAACUACCAGUGUACUGGGGGCCACUGAGCUCACCUGAGGCUGGGUGAGGCCGGAGUGCCUGAGGCUGUUUCCCUGGGAGAUGGGGCCUGUGUCCCACUCCUGGCUAGCUCUCUCUGAGAACAUUUGAUCUCCUGACCAACGGACAGCCUGUCCCUCCUCCACCCUUGCCCCCUUGCCAUCCCCCAAACUAACGAAGCCGAUUGUCUCAGGCAGCCCUGUGGGUGCUGGCUGGGCGGCCGGCCGCAGGCCACAGGCGGAGGUGCCACCCGCCAGAGCCCCAUCAGACACACAGGGCAUUGUCCCUCAGUCAACAGCCCCUGGGCACCUCGGCCCAGCUCCUGGCCUGCCCCCACACCCCUCACCGCCUGCCACUGCGCCAGGCCCAGCCAGCUGGGGGCCCAAGGCUCCCAGGCGAUGACGAGCCCACCCACCCACUCCCCCGGCAGCCCCCUGACGAGCUAUAAUUGCUUCGCGCCGUCCUGUUGCUGCCAUUCUCCUGGCGGAGGCAUCUGGGGUUCCAGGCGGGUGGCAGCUGCAGGCCGAUCGCCUGGCUCGCAGGAUGGACUGGCCACACAACCUGGUACGUGACGAUUCCCUAUUCCAACCCCAUCCCUUUUUAGGGCCUGAGGGUUUCAUUACUUCUUCUCUAUUGAUUAAUAGCAGCCUCUGUUUGGCUUGGAAUCUGCAGAGGUGAGUUCUCCCUCUGUCCUCCCCCCAGGACAAGAAGGAAACAGAGACGGGUCUCAGAGGCUGCAGCCAUGGCCAGCAGCUCGGCUCCUGAGCCGGGCUCAGCCCUGUGACACUGAAGCCCUUUCAGGCCAAAGGCAUCUGGGGAGAUCUUGGCCAUCUCCGUUAUCGGGGUUUUUCCAAAGAGUCUCUGGGUGCUGAGAUCCAGGCUGUGUGACCCUGGGCAAGUCCUUCUGUUUCUCUGUUUCCCAUCUAUAAAGGGAGAGCCAGAGUUAAAGAACGCCAUGUGAGAAGCUCCGAUGAGAAAGCCUAUUGUUAGGGAGAUAUUUUUCUGCAGCAGAAUCUAGGACCAAAAUGGAAGAAUUCAGCCACUUGAAUCUGUCAUGGAUUCUGUGCCAAGAAAUGGUUCUGCCGAGAGGGGCUCUGCCGGAGCUUGUUUCUGAGGGUCAAGACCGGCUGGGUAGAUCGGCAUGGGCCGUGUGGGUGGUAGGGUGAGGGAUACAGGGAAGGUGGGAGCCUGGCUAGAUUCAACGAGGAGAUGAAAUUUCCCCUUGAGGGUCUUCCCUUCUGACCAGCCCUGGCCCCCACCCAAGUCCUGGCCCUUCUCUCCCGGCUUCCUGAGGAGUCUGUGUCCUGCUGGGCUCCCAGGUCCUCUCCCGUGUGAGUGAGAGGCUUUCCUGAUGCUCCCAGAUGUGGAUGGCGUCGGGUGAGGGUGGACAAGGGGUCAGGCAGGCAGAGGGUCGGGGUGUGGACGAGGGGAGCAAAGCUGUCAUGGAGGCCAACAGGGAUCCUGGGCCAUGACCUGCCCACCUCCCCAGCUGCAUCUCCCAGCCGCUCCUCCCAGCCACUCUCAGCCUUGCUGUUUCCUUUCAGCAAAGCUCUUAACCAACUGAAACUUCGUUUCACACUUUCCUUCCCCCACCCCCGUACAAUUUUUAGGCUCCCUCUGCCCACAUCUGCCUCUGUCUUAUCCUUCAAACCUCACCAGACACGGCCCCUCCCCAGAAAGUCUUUGCAAGACCACCCCACUGCUGCAAGGCUAAGCGGGUGGUCCUGCUCUUCUCUAACCACACGCUGUGUGGUCCCAUCCACACACUGCUGCUAGCGAGGCUUAGGUGCACGUUUUCUUGUUCACCGUCUGUUUUCCUUGCCAGACUGUAAGCGACAGAUGGGCAGGGAUGGUGACAGGCAUUCAUUCGCUCAGCAAAUGUUUACUGAAUACCUAAGUGCCCAGUACCGUGCAGACACAGGGGACAAGGCAGUGUGUGGAAACAGAUACGAUGCUGCCCCUCAUGGAGCCUGUGCUAGGUGUGGGCCCAACAUAUAAAAGAAUCACACGUAUGCACCGUAAGACUGCAGUCACGCAAGAGGCAUCAGGUGUUGAGAGCCCAAGAAGGUCCACAGAGGCCUCCCUAAGGAAGUGGCACUGGAGCCAAGACCUGAGGGGUGAGAGGCAGGACUCUGCAGGGAACAGCCUGUGCAAGGUCCUUGUGCAGAAAGGAGCACGGGGAGAGGAAGGUUUGCGAGAAGGCCCGAGGCUGAAGCACGGGUGUGAGAAGCAGCCAGGAGUGAUUUGAGGAAGGAGAACUCAGCAGAGGUCUGGCCUGGGCAGGUGAUGUUAAUACGUUUGCAUUUCAAACACCCAUCCUUGGCCAGGGUGUGGAGAAUUGAUUGGAAGGAGGCAGGGGAGGAUGUGGGGUACCAGGUAGAAGGCUGGUUGAGCUGUCCAAGAAGGGGAGGCUGGUGGUACAGAUAGUGAAGUGGAUGGCUGGGGAGAUUUUUCAGAGGUGCAACAGGACUUAGCGAUGAGCGUGGUGCAUACAUGCAUCUGUACACAUGUGGUGGGCUGGUGGCACCAGGCCAGGGCGUGACAGGUGAGGCUGGCCCCGCUAGAGGCCUUGCCUCUUCCUUCCCCCUUCCUUGGGCCCCAAGUCUUAGCCCAGAGGGAGACCUGGCUCUCCCACCUUUGACCUGUGGCCUUCCUCCCCAGCUAUUCCUUCUCACCAUCUCCAUCUUCCUGGGGCUGGGCCAGCCCAGGAACACCAAAGGCAAGAGGAAGGGGCAAGGGCGGCCUGGGACCCUGGCCCCUGGGCCUCACCAGGUGCCGCUGGACCUGGUGUCCCGGGCAAAGCCAUAUGCCCGCAUGGAGGAAUAUGAGAGGAACCUGGGGGAGAUGGUGGCCCAGCUGAGGAACAGCUCCGAGCCGGCCAGGAGGAAGUGUGAGGUCAAUCUGCAGCUGUGGCUGUCCAACAAGAGGAGCCUGUCGCCCUGGGGCUACAGCAUCAACCAUGACCCUAGCCGCAUUCCUGCAGACCUGCCGGAGGCGCGGUGCCUAUGUCUGGGCUGCGUGAACCCCUUCACCAUGCAGGAGGACCGCAGCAUGGUGAGCGUGCCUGUGUUCAGCCAGGUGCCUGUGCGUCGUCGCCUCUGCCCGCUGCCGCCACGCACCGGGCCCUGCCGCCAGCGCGCAGUCAUGGAGACCAUCGCCGUGGGCUGCACCUGCAUCUUCUGAGACAGCCCUCCCUGCACUCCUGUGCUGAGCAAGGCAAUGAAAAGUAAAGGCUGUCUUUUGGAAA